AUGUCCUUAAGAUUGGUGCUUUUACUGGCAGCGGCGGCUUUUGCCGUUGCUGCACCGGAUCCUUGGCUGAGUGAUAUUGGCUUAAAAAUCCACUCGGAGUUGUACGACGCGAUGGGAAUGAUUGAAGUUAACUACUCGGACCCCAUCAUCAACACCACGUACGUGUCCGGUGUGGAGUUUGAUAUGCGUGCGAUGGGCGCACUUUAUAAUUCCACGCACAUGAUAAUCGACUUUAUCGUCAACAAACAGGCUUAUCCCGAAGGGGAUGCUGUAAAAUGUAUGAGGCGGGGAGGCGGAGGGCUUAAAGCCGCGUGUCGAGUGCAGCGGGGGCGUCGACCCCGCACAGAGCUGUCGCGCGCCAGAGCCGGCUCCGACACCACUAGCCACUAG